AUGGUCGAUAAAAUUGAAUGCCUUGCGAUAAUCAAGCAAUAUUGUCAGUUGUUGAAAAACCAACAUACGAUUCAAUAUUCGCCUAAAGCUGUCGAAUAUUCAAAUUUGGACAAUCAAAACGCCUCCGGAUUGCAAAAACGUCAUGAGGAAAACAAUAACAUAAUAGGAUCGAAUCUGAAUGACGACAUUGUAAUGAGUCGUAACGAUGCAUUACAAUCUCUGGCAAAUUUGCGGUCUGAGUGCCUUUCCAAUGUUUGUUAUGAUACCCAAUUAAAGCGUCUUGAAAGGGAACUGCAUGAUGAACAAGAUAAAACCAAGCAACUUGAAUCUGAGCUAACGGUUGCCGAAACAAAAAUCUUACAACUCGAACAGGUACUAAACCUACACGAGUUAGAACAAACGAGUAAAGAAACUGACAAUGGGCUUUGUCAUGAUCAUUCCUGCAUUAUUUUGGAGACACUCAGCACUAAUUGCAUUAGAAAUCAACACGCGCCUCCGACUCAAGAGAAUACCUGUACUAAUAAAUAUAUCACAUCUCAAGAAUUACCACCUAACCCUCGAAUACCACCAAAACAAGUUGAUAAGCAGGAGCCUCAAAAACAUGCUGGUCAAGUAAGUCAAUUCCCAAAACAUACGGAAAUUUCGGACAUAACUAACUGUUAUGCCAUCCCUACUCGCGUUACCGAUAGAACACCAUCAAAGAAAUCUACGUGGCGACGAAAUAAACAUGGCGCUAGAAUCAACCAGACUGAGGAGGGUUUUCGCAAGGACAAAUGGAAAGCCAAUAUGAGGUUUUUCCAGUAUUAUUACUAG